AUGAAAGAAAUGACUUCAACUAAAUUAUAUAGCAGCACAAAUUCCACAGAUUUUAUACAUAAAUUUCCCUCCAAUGAGUUAUCAAGAAAUCAAAUACACAGAGAAAUGAUUACACAAAUUGCUUAUUUCCCCAGGAGAGACGAAUAUAUCUCACUAUCUUCAGAUAGCAUUAGAUUCUGGGCAACACGCACAAUGAAUCCAACACGUUUUAUUUCAGAACCUGGCAACUUUUCUUGCAUGAUAGUUAUAAAUCAACAAAAUGUAUUAGCAGUUACGACAACAACCCGAAAAUUACUAUUUUUCGAACUAGACUCGCUCAGAUUACUACCAGCUACAGUUGGAGCUUCACCAACUGCUGAUGAAAUUAAAUCAAUGUCAGGACCAAAGGCAACCAACAUCCUAAACACAAUGAAAACAUCAGAUCUGCCAAUGUUUAACGUUCCCACAUGCAUGUGCAUGUAUUUUACUUACGGAGGAGAAACAGAUACGGAUUCAAAAAUUGAAUUUUUAAUUGCAGACGACCAAGGCUAUGUCGAAGCGUAUUUACUCAAAGCACCAAAAGUUAGACAAGGCAGUGACUUCCAGAUCACAAAAACCGCCAAAAUUCGGAUACAUCAGGAAGCAAUCACGAAUAUUGAGUACAUUGAUACAAUUAUGUGUUACGCAACCUCUUCCCUUGAUCAUACAGUCAAACUGUGGAAGUAUGACACGACAACACACAAGUUUACCACUGAAGGAAUACUAAAAGACAACCAACCAAUUUUGGGAUUUUAUUAUUGUAAACUUCAGAAAGUUUUGAUAACUUACGGUAUCUCUCGGGAUGCAUAUGUUUGGUCAUUGCUUACACAGCGAAAGACAUUCAAACUUGGUGGACAUUAUAACCAAGUGAUUGGAAUUUGUUCAUUUUUAACAAAUUCUGAUGUAGAUUAUAUUGUAACGAUGACUAACAGAAAAGAGUUCAAAUUAUGGGAUUCCGUCAACUUUAGAAUGGUUAGAGAGUGGACGGACCCAACACUUCAGCAUCCUGACAACAGAUUUAGUGCAUUAUAUUUCGAUUCCGUUCGAAGAUGCCUUUUAGCAGCUUCUUCAAGUCUUUCUAAAUGGGCUGAAGAUGUAUCCCAACAAACUGAUUCUACACAGUCAAAUACUCACGCCCAUCAAAUAAUCGGCGCUCACUUUUCUGACACUUUUGAUCAAGUUGUUACAUGCGAUGCUCAUGGCGAUUUCUCGGUCUGGAACAUUAAUACAGGGUCUAGGGAUUCAUUGCAUCAUGAGAGCUGCGAUGACGAUGUUGUUGCAUCGACAUUGGACUGGAAAGGCCGAAGAUUAUUCACUUUGACGAAAAAGAACGUUAUAAAUGUUUGGAAUUUUAAUUCCGCAGCGAUUAUGAUUUCUCUUGACAUUUUGAAGGGAUCAAAUUUAGUUUCUGUGUUCGCGGCAAUGUCCAUUGGAACAAGGAAUGUUUUGGCAUGCGGUGGAUGGGAUAAAGUCCUUUCUUUGUAUAUCCAAACUGGUCCUGAAUCUCUUGAUUUGUUCAGAUCAUAUUUAGGACAUAAAAGUGACAUUUCUUCUGUUGUCAGUUUUAAUUAUGGUUUUAUCAGCGGUGAUGCCAAUGGCGAGAUCUUUACAUGGACAUUAGAUACGAGCAAGUACUUAGCUAAAGCUAAAUUACCUAAUGGAGCUCAAGUAGAAUGUCUUUAUUCAACAACGAAAUAUGUUUUUGUUGGUGACAAUUUAGGUUUCAUUCAUGUUUAUUCUGUUCCUAAAUUAUCAUAUGUUUUGGGAAGAUCUGCUCAUGACACAGUUGUCAAAUCAUCCAUCACUGAUAUAAAGAGUUUCGGCAAGCUUAUGUAUACAGCAGAUACUCUUGGAUACGUCAGAGAAUGGAUCAUCAACGAAGAAGGACAAUUUGAAAUGAUUCCAGGUAAAAUUGAACGAUGCGCAAGAGACGAAAUCCGACAGAUCGAGAUUGUUUCACAAGGUAAGUUUAUUAUCACCAUUGCAUUAGAUAUGUGUGCAUUGCUUUGGCGAUCAGGCGAUUUCGAAUACGUUGGUCUUUUCGAUGGAAAUCAUUUUUGGAAUUUACAAGACGAAAAAACGUGGAAAAAAGAUAAACCAUUUUUACCAGAUGAAAAACAUUUUGCGAGAGAAAAGACAUCAACUCUUCUUGGUGAGAAGCGAUCAUCAAGAAACAGCGUUGCAAUGUCACUUCGCUCAGCACGAUUAUCCAAUAAUUCCAACCAUAUGAUUUUAUCAUCACAGAAGCAAGUCUCAGUUUUUGAUCAAAACAAUUUUAUUAAAGAAACAGCGGAAGAAGGUAUUAAACCUCCUGCUAAAACAUCACAAACUAAACACGAGGAACGACCAAAGACAGUUGUUGAUCCAGAGUUAUUUGGUAAAACAUUAACCGAAUACUUCAAUGGAAAUGAUGGUCAUGAUGAAAUUGUCGAAAUUUCUAAAAAUUAUAUGCCCGAAAUGGCACCAAACAACAGGAACAACUUCUUUGAGAAGCCACGCGAGCUUCAAAUGACAUCACGUCCAAACGAUUUAGUUAUGCGAGUCACCACAUUAAUGAAACCUUCAACAGCAUUUUCUCGAGCAUCAUCAAGACUUCCAGCAAGACCAUGCUUGAAGAUUCCACCCCCAAGAAAAUCCACAGCAACUCGAAAUUAUAGACUUCCUGUUUCUCUUACAUUAUAG